AACAGUGUCUCUCCAUUACGCACACAUCAAACAUAAAUUCCUCCAUACUUCGUCAAAUCCGUCCCAAGUUGUCCCGAUCUCGACCAUGUUUAUACACGGACCUUGGUGCAAAAUGGGGAAUUAAAUUAGAGGCACAGCUUUAAACGCUUCGACUACGGCAUGCAGCAUUUCGAUAUUGACGAUUAGAUGAAGCAAAAAUGCCCUGAUUAUAAAUUCCUUUAAAUGGAAUUAAUAAAAUCAAGGGAGAAAAUACGCGAAUGUCUUCAUUAAGCUAUCGUCAUGAAUUCCCAACCAUCAAAUAAUUAUAUGCCAUCUUAUGGAGUAGCCACUAAACUGCAUAAUGAUAGUGCCACAAGUGCCUCAAGUUUAUCGAAAAAAUCAACGACAAAUAAAAAAAACGCAACGACCAGUCUCAGUGGCUCGGAGACUGAUGUGUCCACUUCGACAGAGAAUUUGAGCCAAGAAGAACGAUAUGUUAUCAAGCAUACAGCUAGACAGGAACCCCAGGGCCAAGAAAAACAAGAGCCUACCGAUGGGUUGACCCAUCAUUCAGGUCGGCAGCUUAGCUUGGACAAUGCCUCCAGUUACAAUACUCUAAUUAUUCAUGCAACUGGCGAAGAUGGACUUGACCCAUGGGCAUCACUGUCUCCUUCAAGGCUCUCUAGUUUGAGAGACAGCUACAUUUCUGCCACAUCAAGUCACUCCAAAGCAAGUUUCCCAUCAUCAUCUGCCUCUUCAUCUCCCACUUUGGCAAGCACCACUCAAGGGCAAACUCGAGAAAUAAAUGAGAUUCCAGACGAUUACUUGAGUCAAUCUCACAUCCUGAAACAUUUAGCCAAAGAAAUGAAGGUCGUCGCACCCGAUAUGAAGGAGGACUAUGAAACAAAUCCUCCACGAAGGCUCCUUCUUCUGGACCUUUCUGCAGAGACUCACUCUCGAAUAACUGGGCAUCGAUAUUCAACCCCAAUUUAUGCCUCGGCUCCCAUCGACGUCCAAGGAAAAUUAGCAUUGAGCAGAUCUCAACCUGAUCUUACUCAAAUUGAGGUUGCCAAAGUUGUACAAGAAAGAACCAGCAAUUCCAUGCACAGGCAGAACGUUAAGAACAAGUCAGGUACUCUUAAAACAGAAGUCGAUUGGCCAGCAUCGGAGAUGAUUCAGUUGCUCGUGAAAGAAAAUAGUUCGCUUAAGACCGAGCUUGAGAUGUGUUACAAAAAAGUUGCCAAAAGUCAAAAGCUGGAAGAAGAGGUAACAAAUAUUCACAGAUCUCACCAAGAGCUCAUGCAGUCUUCUGAGCGAAGGGAAAAACUUGAGCGAGCAGCCCGACAACGUUUGCAGGAGGACAACCGCAUGCUUCGGCAGCAAUAUGAGCUACUGCUAGCUCAAAUGGAGUCGCCACUUUCUGGAGGCACAGCGUCAAAUUCGACAGAAGAAAUUCUCAUAUUGAAGCGUGAAAUUGGCAAAAGGGACACCAUGUUGGCUCAACUGAUGGCGCAAAACAAAGAACUUACCGGGUGCCGAGAACGACAAGAUAUUGAAUUGGCAGCCCAAAGAGCCACCCUACAGGAGCAGCGGACUCACAUAGAUAUUCUCGACACUGCUCUCACCAAUGCGCAGGCAAAUGUGAUGCGUUUGGAAGAGGAGUGUCGAAAGAGGCAGCUUUAUGAAGAAAGGGUUGUCCAGCUCCAACAAAAUCUGAGCUCUUUACAACUGGCAAGGGACAAACUUGAGGGUGAAAUGAAUGAUCUCCGUCUUUCUAGAAGAGCCAAUAACGCCACUGCACAAGGAGGAAUGUUGAGUAGCGAUAAAAAAAUUGAUCCAAAUGGCCAAAGUCUGGAAGUUCAGGAAUUGUUGCUAAAAAUACGGGAGAGAGACGAACGGCUUGUGGCUCUGGAAAAUGAAGUCACUCGAUGGCAGCAGUGGUAUUUGGAAGAAAAUGCUAUGCGGCAGGUAGUCAUAGAUGCUGCGAGCAUACCAAAAGACGCAAAGAUUGCUGCUUUGGAGAAGACAAGCCAAGAAUCCGAGAGGCUCAUGGCUGAAGCGAGAACGGACAAAAUCAGGCAACUGGACGAACUACAUGCAGCCCAGCGGCGUCUUGCCAAUGUUGAAGGACGAUCGCGUGAAUUGGAGUCAAAGCUGGCAGAAAAAGAGGCGAUGAUCAAAGUUCUGCAGCAACAGCACCACUCGAUUGCCAGCAGUGGGUCUGUGUUGUCUAGAGCUUCACCACAUCUUCAUCACAGCAGCAGCAGUAGUUUUCACCGACAACCAAGCCCAUCCCCAAUGAGCAGCAUCAUGCUUUCCUCAUUAGCUGGGAAAAGUAGCCCAUUAACAAGUGAUCUAGGAGCAGCAGUGACAAGCUCCACAACUACUCUCAGCUCUCUCCCCAGAGGACUUUGCAACAUAAGAAGCUCUAGUCUAGGUUUCCAAAGAUCGUCAUCUGUCGUAGCAGAUUACGGUACAUCCUCUGGUCCUCCGUCUACCACCUCGUCCAGUUCGCCCAUGAUUUCAAACCCAACCAAAAAUGCAACAGCAAGUUCUUCCCUAAGCCGCAGCUACAACGAAGACACCAGAAGUUUGGACGAGCAGUUACAAGGACUUGACUCGCAACUUCUGAGCGGGAGAGUCCUAUGCUGUUUUUCAGGGCUCUAUAAUAGGGGCAUUGCAGCAAGAAAAGAAGGACUAUCCCAACCACUACUGGUGGGUUUGAAGCGUCGUCCUCCCUUGAACCCCAGAGAUGACUACAAAACACUCGACAGUGACAAGGAUUCUUCGUCUGGCGUGUACAACCGCUACAAGUCGGCCUCUCCCUCUGGCAAGCAAUUCCAUUCUCGCUACAGUCCCAAUCCUACUGGUUCGCUGCCUCCGACUCCUCCUUUGAACGACAAUGAGCUCUAUUUCAUGCAACGAUAUUCUAACAAGAGCAGUCUACCGCCGACUCCACCAUCGUCUUCCAGCAAGGACAGCUACUUCCGUUACAACCCAGCUUCACUGCCCCCGACACCGCCUCCUCCGUGUAUGGAGGAUCGUCAUCACAAAUCUUCGUCACUUCACGAAACAUCAAAGUGCAACCACGAAAUAAUGCUGCUUGAGAAACAGGGAAGGGCGUCCCAAAAGCAAAGAAGGAGUUCUGCAGGUUCCCAGGCUAGUUCGGACGACAUGAACUCGAGUCGUUUGUGUCUGCCCUCUGCCAUACCAAGGCCUAAAUCAAGACCUCUCGAGUCUCCUCCGUCAACCCCAACAAAGAUGAAUCGCAAGGGAGGUUACAACCGAUUGGAAGAAGCGACCAGCAAGGAGAGCCUGAAUUCAACACUUCCCAGCAACAAUGUAGCAUCUAAGCUUCGUCUCUUCCAGCAGUCAAGCAAAUCCAAGUCAUCAUUCAACUCGUCAAGAGAAAAGUUGAAUUCGGGAAUGAAAUAUCGCAUCCAGUUGUAAUUUUUUCAAAGCUGGACCAAUUAAGUCUAAACCUUUUUUGCUGAUUUAACAUUUUUAUUUUUAUUAAUAGAGUUCAAUCAGAGUGAAUAACUUCUCGUAGAGCAAAUUUAAUAUUUUAACAAAAAAUCAAAUGUGGGAUAUUCACGUGCUAAGUUAGCUUAUAGGUUCUGCUGCUGCUUGCUUGGCAUGUGAAUAUCCCCCAAUAUCAUUUACAUUACUGCGAAAAUAAUGUUUGUAUCAAGUCUAACUCUUUAUCUAAAUUUUGUUUCAAGAUUCAAGAUGCUAUCUUUUUUUUUUUUAAUAGAGCUUGAAAUAAUCCUUGAUGAAGCAACAACUACUCUAAAAUGUUAUAAGCAAUACAGCUGCUCGUCAGUGCCUUUAAACGUUUGAUAUAAAAAAGUGGUGGAACUUGGUAAAAUCAAAUGCCUUACAUGCUGUGUCAAAUCUAAAAACCCAAAAAGCAUGCCUAUUGGCGUAAUUAUUAUUGAGAUAUUCUUCAAUUUUUAAUAAAACCUUAUUUAGCAUAAUAUUUAAUACUGCACAUUUGAUUUGAUCAUGUUCAAACUCGGUGUCAGUCUGUGCGUGCCUGUUUACUGCAUCAUACACUUUUGUGUAAUCAAUUAAAUCCUGUUCCUUUAGGUCAUUAUUUUAGUUCAGUUGAUAUAAGUAUUAAUACUCUUUAUUAAUAAACACUUGACGAUUUCA